AUGACCAGAAGAACUUUGGGCUUAUCACCUAAAUCUUUAUUAGUCAAAUAUAGAACAAGUGAUAUGGUUCUAUUUGUGAUUAUAAUUGUAGUUUAUGCACUCACUUAUAAUAUGAAUCCUUUCCAACGACAAUUUAGUCUUAAUGAUUUAUCAAUUCAACAUCCAUUUGCUAAAAGAGAAAGAGUAACCAAUAAUGAAUUAUUUCUUUAUUCAACUAUAGUACCUUUAAUCACAAUCAUAACUAUGGGAUUACCUUUCACUACUCCUCCAAAAUAUAGAAUUUAUAAUACUUUAAUUGGAGUCAUUGGUUUAUUACUUUCCGUAGGGAUAACUACUAUAGUAACUAAUAUCCUUAAGAAUUAUAUUGGUCGUUUACGUCCAGAUUUCAUAGCUAGAUGUGUACCAAAAGAAGGUACACCUGUGGAUAUUCUCGUGUUUGCAAAAGAUGUAUGUACAACCACCGAUAUUGCUAACUUAUUAGAUGGGUUUAGAACAACCCCCUCGGGUCAUUCAAGUAUGUCGUUUGCCGGAUUAUUUUAUCUUACAUUAUGGAUUUCAGGACAAUUAUAUGCCAGUGAUUUUAUUGUCGGGAGUUGGAGAGCCGUAUUGGCUUGGGUGCCUACUUUAGGUGCGGCUUUGAUUGCUAUUAGUAGAACUGAAGAUUAUAGACAUCAUUUUAUUGAUGUUACUCUUGGAAGUUUAUUAGGAUUGUUAAUUGCUCUUUGGAGUUAUUUUAGAUUGUUUCCUAAAUUGACUCAUGAUCAAUGUCAUUAUAGUUUGAAUGUUUUACAGGAUAUGGACGAAAAAGAAAAUGAAAUGCAACAAAGAGUAGCUGCUGAUGCUAUUUCUACUGAUGAUAGAAGUACUUUGGAUGAAAGAACUUAUAGUGCUUUACAAUCGGUUUAA